AGACAAGCUGGGAACCCCACUCCAGCUACUGGCGACUGUGCCUUUAAAUUGCUGCUUUCAGAGGGUGCAUCUAGGGGGAUGUGGGAGGGAGAGAAACAUCUUUCUACUGGUCUCUUUCCUCCCUCCCCUCCAGGACUCUCCAGGGUUUGGAGAGUGAUUGCUACCCAAAGAGAAUCUUUUCUGGUUCCCUGACCGGCAGGCAGGCUGAGGCCCUUCUCAGUCUAAGACAAGCUCAAGCCGGAGCUGGUAGGGUUAUCUGUGUCAGGUUCAGAUCUAUUCAGGGGAAUAGUUCUAGACCCUGACUGCUAAGGACAGGGCAGAAAAGAAGCAGGAGAGGAAAGAGCGCUCAACUCCUAGCCCAGCCACACAGGCUCUUUAUUCCAGUCCAAGUUGGAGAGGGGCUCUAUACUAUUGGCUUUCCGACAGGAUACCUGCUCUCACCUUGGCAGCCAAGCUGAGAAAGGACUCCAAGGUCCCUGCAGAAUGACAACUCUUGUUCCAGCAAGCCUCUUCCUUCUUCUCUGGACCUUGCCAGGGAAGGUCCUGCUCAGUGUGGCUUUGGCAAAAGAGGAUGUCAAAUCUGGACUCAAAGGAUCCCAGCCUAUGUCCCCCUCUGAUUUCUUGGACAAGCUUAUGGGACGAACAUCUGGAUAUGAUGCUAGGAUUAGGCCCAAUUUCAAAGGUCCACCUGUGAAUGUGACCUGCAACAUCUUCAUCAACAGUUUUGGCUCCGUCACUGAGACCACCAUGGACUACCGGGUAAAUGUCUUCUUGCGGCAGCAGUGGAAUGACCCACGUCUGGCCUACCGAGAAUAUCCAGAUGACUCUCUCGACCUAGACCCAUCCAUGCUCGACUCUAUCUGGAAACCAGACCUCUUCUUUGCCAAUGAGAAAGGGGCCAACUUCCAUGAGGUGACCACAGACAACAAGUUACUGCGCAUCUUCAAGAAUGGAAAUGUUCUCUACAGCAUCAGAUUGACCCUCAUUUUGUCCUGCCCAAUGGACCUCAAGAACUUCCCAAUGGACAUACAGACCUGUACAAUGCAGCUGGAAAGCUUUGGCUACACCAUGAAUGACCUCAUGUUUGAGUGGCUAGAAGAUGCUCCUGCUGUCCAAGUGGCUGAGGGGUUGACUCUACCCCAAUUUAUUUUGCGGGAUGAGAAGGAUCUAGGGUAUUGUACCAAGCACUACAAUACAGGAAAAUUCACUUGCAUUGAGGUAAAGUUUCACCUGGAGCGGCAGAUGGGCUACUAUCUGAUUCAAAUGUACAUCCCCAGCCUACUCAUCGUCAUCCUGUCCUGGGUCUCCUUCUGGAUCAACAUGGAUGCGGCCCCUGCUCGUGUAGGCCUUGGCAUCACCACAGUCCUCACCAUGACAACUCAGAGCUCUGGAUCCAGGGCCUCUUUGCCUAAGGUGUCCUACGUAAAGGCAAUUGACAUCUGGAUGGCUGUAUGCCUGCUCUUUGUAUUUGCUGCCUUGCUUGAGUAUGCUGCAGUCAAUUUUGUCUCUCGUCAGCAUAAGGAAUUUAUGAGACUUCGUAGAAGGCAGAGACGUCAGCGUAUGAUCUUGUCCAGAUGGGCUAACUGCACAAAUCUGCCCUGUUGGAAGUCUCAAGAACAAUGCCCUGGAGACAGCUACAGUACUGAGCAAUAAACCCUGUCCAACUGGGCCUCAGAUCAGGGCAUCAGCUGGUGCUGGGUGCCAAAGAAGCCAAAGUACCAACCAACAUAAUAGACCAAAGGAAUUCACAAAGCCACUCAGAGCUAAUGCCAGGUGGAAGGUACUAUUCUCACUGGAGCCCUUAAGCAGAGAAGUAUUUACAUAAUGCCAACCUUAGAUCCAGAGCAAAUGGCUUUCAUUUUCGUCAUUCUUCCCACAUACGUACAGAGACUAGGGAAGUGCUAGGUCUCACUGAAGGGGUUUGACAUUUAGCAAUCUGUUCAAUCACAAAAUUGUUAAACUUGGGUCCUUCUUAUCAAUGAAUUGAGAAAAGGUAAUAUAAGAGUCUUGUCUAGAGUACUUACCCAUCCAGAGACCUGAACUAUUUUCUGCCUAAAUCAAUCUGAUAUGAUUCUAAGAUUUAGACAUUUUAAGGGGUGUGUCGGGGUCCUAUGAAGACAAAGUGUUUCAGGUAUUUUCAUUAAUUCUUUGUUAAUAUUUAAUUAGAUAAAUAUUUCAUGAAUGUAUUUUUCAAGAGGAAAGGCUUUAUUUACUCCGUUGUUAAGGCUAUUGGUGUAUCUAUCUUCCUAACAGUUUGUUCUGCCUUGUGGAAUGCCAGGGGUUUUGCCUCCUUUUUUUCUUUAAUCUACAACAGGUCCUUUUGCUCUCUGCAAAUUCACAGGCCAAGCCAAAGCAGCUCUCUAAGUGGAAGAAAUACACUGAAUAAAUUUAUUCCUUCAACAUUUCCAAAAGCAUUUUCUCACCUAUCAUAAAAGAACACUCUUCUGUUUAAACUAUUAGGCUGAUUGAAAGUUAGGCUCUCGUUUUGCUGAGCAAUCUAAAUGCCUCGAUGGUACCCAGAAUGUGUUACUUCUUUUAGAUUUUGUAAUGUGUUCUCCCACCACUCUUGAGUGUCUGUAUCAGUGUUGGCAUUAUUAGUCUUAUCUCAUUACUUCUGCCUACUAAAAUCUCAAAAACUGUACUUCACUAUGCAGGGAUUAAUCUUGUUAGGCCGCACUGUUAAGGAACACUAAAUAAACAAUCGAGAUCAGGAAUCAGCCAGGGAUCAGCAAACAGGGUGCUACUCGCUGGUUCAAUGGGAGAAAUGUAGAAUACAUUUUUUUUUUGAAGGCAAGAGAUGCAUUCUAUACAACUCAUUAGCCUGCACAGCUCUGGCACCUAAUAAUACACAAUAUGUGUAAUUAGAAUAAAAGCCUAUCUUCCCACUUAC